CGGCCCGACCUUCAGACACUGUGCUCAGUAUCGUGUCAAAUAAAAUACAUCUUAGGCCAUAAUCAGCCAACGCUUAUUUUAAUAUUGCUCUCGCGCGAAGGUCAAUGUUUUCGGGAAAGCACGUAGGUACAUACGUGCAACCCAAUAUGGCGGCUAUGUGCGAGCGUGGUAGGUACGUGGACUGUGGACUGUGGAGCGUCGAGCGAGCCGCCUGCGCAUACAACGGAGAUCCGAACAUGACUAAGCAUAUUUGUUGCUGGGAAAGCGUAAAACGCAGGGAAAAACUGACCAACCUCUCUGUUACUGGCGUCGGAACUUGAGGCACUUUUUCGAAUGAAAAAGGAUGGAUGGUAAAAGGUCUAUGAAAAUGGAUCCUUUAUCGCCUGGGCCUUGCCUUGACAUAAGUGAUGAUGAGCUCGUCACAAUUUCAGUGAGAGAUUUAAACCGACAGCUCAAGAUGCGUGGAUUGUCACGCGAAGAAAUCAUUCGUAUGAAACAGCGCAGGCGAACUCUCAAGAAUAGAGGUUAUGCUGCAAGUUGUCGCAUUAAACGGAUCGAGCAGAAGGACGAAUUGGAAUCUGAAAAGACGCAAGAGUACAGAGACAUGGAGGCCAUGCAGGAAGAUAAUAACAGAAUGCGCGAUGAAAUAGAGUCGUAUCAUUCAAAGUAUAUGGCCUUGAAGAAAUUCGCUGCUGAGAAAAAAAUUCACAUUCCUCCAGAAUUGGAAACUAUGUAACAGUUUGUCAUCAAACAUUUAUUUCCCUCUAUUUUCAUCCGAUUCAAAGCUGCAAUGGACAAAGUUGCUUUCAUUCCUAAUACUUAUUUUCAUUCACAAUCUACAAUCACAAUACUCUUAGAUCAAGUUUACCAUCUGUUCUUUACAACCCAUGUUCUUCAAAGUAUUAAAGUAAUCAACGUUUUUUUUAGGCUUUUUGAAAAUUUUCUAUAUUUUAAGGUAAAAUUAUUUGUAAAAAUAAGUUAUAACAUUGUAUAUUACAGGUAUUUUAUACAAAACUCUUGCCGCUGAUGUAGUUGUUAUGUCAAUGACACGCUAUUCUCAAAAUACAAUAAAUAUAUCAAUUGGCUUACUA